AUGGAAGAAUCAGCCGGAGCUGAAGGGGCCUUAGAAUUCAAGUGGGGUAAAAAGAGAAGAGUUGGUGGGAAAAAGAAAGAUGUCCAGUUCUAUGAAUCUUUCACAUUCGACGGCGAUGAGUACAGUCUUUUCGACAGUGUCUUAGUUGCUGAUCCCAAUGAACCAGACUCUGGCGAACUCUUUGUUGCCAAGAUCAUAAAAAUUUGGGAAAACUCUAAUAAGCGUGCAAAAGCUCCAAGGCAAGUCAAGCUUCUCUGGUUUUUUAAACCUUCUGAGAUUCCGCCAGAUGUUCUUGAAGGAGUCCCUGAUGUCCUUGCAAACGAACUGUUUUUGGCGUCUGGUGAAGGUCCUGGCGUCGCUAAUAUCAGCCAAUUGGAAGCAAUAUGUGGAAAAUGCUCUGUUCUAUGCAUUUCAAAGGACAAAAGGAAUCCACAACCCACAGAUGAAGAAAUCAAGUCAGCAGACUUUGUGUUUCGCCGAGCAUUUGAUGUUGGAAGUUGUAAAGUUGUGGAUACGAUAGAAGAUAAAAUUGCUUUAGUGGACGUUGGAUUCAUCUUUAACAAAGCGGGUAGUAAGAAAGAAGAAGAAACAGCUGUACAGAAAAUUGAAGCUGGCGUAAAUGGUAGUCCAGAUAGUUUGAAACCAAAUGGUCUCUCAGCUUGUGGUACAGUUAGGAAAACUGUGGAUAACGCCGUUCAGUCUUCUGACUGUAGAGAAAGCAGUCAUGGUCCCGAAGAAGGGAAAGAAAAAGGUCAAAGUCAACUGGCUACAAAGAUAUCUAAAGGUGCCGAAGAAAAGACUAACAAGGAUUCUUGUGAAGCUAUUGGCUCUAGGGGAAAUCAUUGUGAUGGCAAAGCUCAAGAAAGUGAAGUAAAGAAACAAAUCACUAAGCAAAAAUCUAUGCCUGCAGAAGAAAGAUAUCGCAAGUCUUGUGAAGCUUCUGGCUCCGGGGUGAAUCAUUCCAAUUCCAAGAGAGUUCAAGUCAAUGGUGUUGAAAAACAGUUGACCAAACAAAAAUCUAUACCCGCUGAAGAAAGAUAUAGUAAAGAGACGAAUGGAUUGGAUGAUAGGCCUCAAAAGAAACAGAAGGUAGAUGGUUAUGUUAGAGCACCAGAUGGACGAAAUACAAACAUUGUCUCUGAUGGUAAAAGAGAUGUAGAAUCUCUUAAGAGACCUAGAGACAAAGUGGCAGGAGUUGAAGUCCUUCCCGAGAAGCCUAGUUUUGUUACGAAGAAGCGAGAUCUGGGGGUGUCAGUUUCUGAAGGAAAACAUGCAAAAGUUGCAACUGAAAAAGGUUUAUCCAAGAAACCUAGCUUUGAUGGUAAGCUGUUAAAACGUGCUGAGGACAAGAUGUUGGCAGAUGAUUAUGCAAGAAAGUAUCAAGUAAUUGAAGUGAACAAAAGGCCGAGUUCUGAAAAAAGCAAAUGGUUUCGACCUCUUCCUUGGGAAGAAAGUAUGAGGGAAGCAGAAAAGGAUGGGAGGCUGGUUCUUCUUCAAAACUUGGAUCCUACUUUUACAUCUGAGGAAGUGCAGGAUAUUGUCUAUUCUGCUUUGAAUGAGCAAUGUACAGCAAGGAUGAUAGAGCAUACACCAGUCACUGUUUCUCAUAUUGGUCAAGCUUUGGUCAUAUUCAAUUCAAGAGAAGCUGCAGUAAGAGCGAUUGCAAGACUAGAUGAGGGAUGCUUGUUGCUAUCAAAUGGGAGGCCCCUUGUUGCUGCGUUUGCUAAGCUUAAUCCUCCAGGGAAGUUGUCAUCAUUCCCUGGCCAUAUCAAACCACACAAAACUCAUAUGCGGCGAGAGACGAGAGAUGCUGUGGCUACAUCGCAUUGUUCUCAACCGAACAACGUUGAAUAUGAGAUGGCAAUGGAAUGGUGCUUGCACCAAGCCAGAUCUGAGCAGGCAAUGAAAAUGAUGUCUAAGCGGCAACUGGAGGAUAGAAAUUCGAUGCGGAUUAACUUCAAGCCUAAACUUCCUUAG